AUCUAACGAGUGACUUCAUGUCUUCUGUCCCAAAGUAGUCCAGUUUGUGAAGUUAGCUAGCUGUGUACCUUUAGCCACCAAUAAGAUAACUAGCAUAUCAUCUGAGAGCCAAUAAGGACAAAAGCAACCUAGUCAGCUGGGUGUGUUGAGUUGGAGUUUAGACUUUGGACCCCAGAAUAGUCAAGAGAUACAGUGGAGACUCUUCAGGAACGGAGACAACAAAGUAAAUCAGAUAUUUUGUUUGGAUCUCAGUUGUUUGGGAGGCUUCUUUGGUGUGCUGCUCAAGCAGGGAAAUUAUGGAGCACUACCCAGAUCAGGGUUGUGAUGGCCUUGAGCUGCUUGACUGGCUGUUUGAUCAAAACAAUGGUAUUCUUCGUCAUGAAGAAACAGGACAACACACUUGGCCAAUCCAAGACCCAAAUCAGAUGCUGCAACCAGCCGAACAAGCGAACGAUGACUUUCUCAAUGCCCUCCUGAGUGGAAAUGAUUCUGUCUCGGCAUCUCCGAUCUGGUCGCCAUCUCCCAGUGACAGUGGGAUCAGUGAGGACCCUGCCUCAGACCAGAUGGACAGUCCUCAGCGAUCUGAGAGCCCACCUGGAGACUCUCAGUUCUUUGGUACAAGACCGCUAACCAAGGCAGCCCUGGAAGCCAAAGUCUCCACUGACCUCAGUGGCUGGAGGCUCGGCUUUCCACCGGGCAAGACAAGGAUUACACAGCAUCCUUCUGAUGUAUAUAGACCACAGCUUUCCUCUAGCUUCCCCCUAACCGUCAAAGAUUUGCUAUUGUCGGGCACAUCAGAGCCAACCCCACAGCCAUCCCAAAAAUCCAUUCAAGAGUUGGUUCUCAAUGAAGAUGAGAAGAAGCUUUUAGCAAAGGAGGGGGUCACUCUGCCCACCCAGCUGCCUCUUACAAAGUAUGAAGAAAGGAUUCUGAAGAAAAUACGCAGAAAGAUUCGCAAUAAGCAAUCUGCCCAGGAGAGCAGGAAGAAGAAAAAGGAGUAUAUUGAUGGUCUGGAAAGCAGGAUGACUGCUUGCAAUGCGCACAACCAAGAGCUGCAGAGAAAAGUGUCCCAGCUGGAAAAAUGCAACAUGUCACUAAUGGAACAGCUGCGCAGACUGCAGGCUUUGGUCAUGAAUACAUCUAAUAAGCCAGCCCAGACUGGGACAUGUGUACUGGUGCUCCUGCUGUCCUUCUCCCUAAUACUGUUCCCAAGCCUCAAGCCCUUAUCUGACGCCAAAGUCAGUCAAGGUGACUUCACUCCAGUCAGAAUCCAAUCACGGUCCCUGCAGAACCUUCAGGCUUCCCGUGUAUUGCAUGUCACCGACUCCCCGUUCUUCACCGAGGAUGAAUCAGAGCCUCUGCACCAGCAUUACCCAGAAGACCAGGGAUUGAAAGAUUUUACUGCACUGAUGGAGAAGAUGGCAGUAGACCAAGAACAAUCCACUUUGGAGUCCAUGCCUCUCAACAGCAGUCAGGGAGACAAAGUCAGUCAUUUCCAUGUAGACCCAAUUACUGGUCACAUAGCUACUGUGACCUUGAAUCCCCCCCACUCUGCCAAGUUACAACCACAUGCUGAUGGUAUGUAAGAGAAAAGAAGAAACCUUUUCUAAAUGAUCUUACUCCUAAUGGUAGAGCAGGGAAUUAUCAGGGGCUUUUGUUUACACAAAGGGAAAUUUUUUAAUCAUUCCCAUUUUGUCUUUAAUACAUAUGUAGCCUGUACGCCUUUUUUUUUCUAUUUGUGAUACUGUUUUAUAUCAGUAUUUGAAUUUGAAUCCCCCACUGAAAAUUAUUUUUCUGUGUACACUUUGCCUUUGAUGAAAUGCCAGUUUAAAAUUACUGUUUCAGAAUGUCAAAAAAAUUGGUGAAUAGAGCUGUGAUUAACUGUAUAAUUUUGAUCGUAACGAAUAAUUUUUUUGAAAUGUUAAAGGAUUUUCAAAGCAUGUUUUCUCUGGAGAGUUAAUCGCAGCAGUUUGGAUUUAUUCAUGGUUUAAACACCCUUAAAUUAAAGAAAAAAUAACAAAACAAAAUCAGUGAUUUGAAAAUACUGUGGAUUCCUUGUCUAUAUUUUCAAGCUUAAGUAAUUAAAGAGUGAAAGCAUAGGGUGCAACAUCUGUGUUGACAGCUCUACUUGAAAACGAGCGCUGUGGGACGGAUGUCAGGAGUGGCAUGGCUCGUGCAGAGGGAGACAGAAAACUGGGACAAAGGUGAGACAGGUGACCUGUUAUCUCGUUAGUCAGACUUGACAUGUUGAUUUACUUUACUUUAAGCAUUUACUUGUUGAAGCCGGGUUGCAGCUAGUGUCCCUGUUUGUCACUGUCAACCACGCAAAAAAAAGGAAUGGGGUUCUUAAGCUUGCUGCCAUUUCAUCUAGCAUUUAGGUCUGACCUGUUCAAGAUGACAUUUUCCGAGGUCAGCUAGAAUUUAUUUCAAGGAGGAGCCGGAGAUUGAACUCUGGGAUUAAAUGAUCCACUCCAUCCAACACUUUGGUCCUUUUUUUUCGUCUUAGAUUCACAGAAGAAAAAAUACAUUAAAAAACCACCAUGGUUUAUAUUAAUACACAUUCAUUCCAAAGCAGGAAGAUACAUCUCUGACACAUGGACAUGUUAUAACACAAAAAUCCUCUUUUUGAGAUUAUUUUAUAACAUUCAUGAGAUUACUUGAAGCUCUUCAUAGGGUCCUGGCAUACUGUCAACAUAUGAAGCUAACUAAAUCUUCAGUCAUCUGACAAAUAUCUGGAAUUACUGCUGUUUGUUCAAGUGACAGAGGACAUAUUACAUGAAAGCUGAAGGCGUAACUUUCUGUAGGCAUGUCUGCUGACUGGAUUCAGUAUGAGGGGAAAAUCAAUCAAUCGAAAGGGUUUUGAAAUCCUUUGGUCUAAACUAAAAUAUUUCAGCUGGUUGAGACAACUUGAAUGUUUUUUUUUUUUUUUUUUUUGUUAAUACCAAAGAUUGUGUGAAAUUGCGCACUUUUAAUGACAUAUUUGAAUGAUUAUAGGAUCUUUCCUGUUGCUAUGGCAGCUGGCUUUGUCUGACUUUGAGUGCGGCUUUUCAGAGCAGCAGUAAACACUUUUGCCUUCAAAUGUGGUCAGAUGGCACCAUAUCUGAAAUAGCUGUUCCCCUUGCAUACCCUAGCAUUCACUAAGUCACUGCUUUUGAUUUUUAGCUGUUGAUAGUUUAACUGCUAACAGUUAAUGUUACAAUCAAACUCCUGAUUGUACUGUGUGCUGUUUUGUCAUAAUUCAUAUACAUUUGUGGAUGUGAUUUUCAAAGUAGUGAAGGAUGAGCAUAGGGUUUAAGAAUCAGCAUUACAUUAUUAUAGUUAACUAAUCACUUGUCAUUACCAGCUCAAGAGAGAUAAGAGUUAAGAAAUCUGAGGAGAUGUUAGAUUAAUAAUCUAACAAUACAAAACAAGAAAAAAUACAUGGAUCAAACCACUCAUCAAUCAGGUAGAUUAAAAUGAUCACAUUUAGCCUUUCACAUGGGAUGGGUAGUCACUGUUGAAUUUUAGUUUGAGAAAAAUACUAACAUAUAUAACUGAUGAAUAGUAAAUGCAACACAGUGCAUACCAUUCCUAAAAAUGUAUGUGCUCAUGUGAACCAAAAAAAACAAGCAAAUUCAAGUUGCCCCGCUCCCAAAGAGUCAGAGAAGCUGACACUCAUAUAAAAUCAUAAGUAAAGCAGAACAAGAUAGUCGUUGAAUAGAUUAAAUUAAUGGUUAAAUAUUUUUUAUGUAAAUGUGUUUAAAACUGUUGAGCACUUUUUUAUUGGUUGGUGAUUUUGCAAACAUUAAAGGAAGCAUACAAUUUAUAGUUGAAAGUAAAAUUCUCCCGUUUUUUAAUGUGUUUGACUCAAAGUAUUAUCUUUAUCCUCAGUGACAUAAAGUACUGAUUGUAUAUGUCUAAACCAGAUCCCUACUCAAACGUUCUGACUUGUUGUCGCUAAAUUAAUAAAUUUACAUUUCCUUAGCAGUGAAAGUAUACUUACUCCAUAAUAAGUGUGCAGCAACUAAGAACUGUCACAUUUAGAAGGUAGCUGUUGUUAAUCAACAUUCUCAAGGUUGGAAAGGAGGAUAGGGAUGCUUAUAAAAAGGAAGCAGGAAAGGUUUCGAGUUGAAGACAUUUAGCAGCAGAUUCAUCUCCUUUGCCUCACGCUUUCUAAAGUGAUUAGAAUCGUUCACUGUUGAGUAGUCAGGCAAGCUAAUAAUGCCACUUUAAUUUUAAGGCUGAACGAGGCCCCUCUACUGAAGGGCCAGGGUGAAAAUAUUAACAUGUCAAGGAAAUUAUUAAUAAUUAAAGGGCUAUAACCUUGCAAUUUACUGCAUAUUCCUUCCACUCAUGUAACUGAUGUGAGAACUUGGUUUUUAGUACUACAGUAAUGGGUUCAUGAGUAAUCAAUAAAUUUGUAACUUAUUCAACAAAACCACAUGUAAAGUGAAGAGUAUCCAUGCAAAUAAUGAAAAAAUAUUCAUCCAUAUAUAAAGUGUAAAGAGUAAAAAUGAUGACUUCUUAAAAGACUAGGAAACACUCUACCGUAUCACUUUUUCAUUAAGAUCCAUUGUUUGUAUUUUUUGUGAAAUAAAAAUGAUGUACCUUUG